AUGAAGUACUUCAAUAUUGCUUGGCUAGCUGCUUUUUCUGCCGCCUCUCCGUAUAAGCCUCUAGAAACUCGUAACAGGAUCGCUCGCAGACAGGCUAGUGAUGCAUGUUCUAUCGGAUACUGUACCGAGGCCGGCGGAACGACAGGUGGCGUUGCUGGUGAUACGAUUACCGUCACAAACGUCGACAGCCUAGCCAGAGCAGCCGGACAAGAAGAACCUCUCACUAUCAUCGUGUCUGGGACUAUCUUGGGCUCAGCCAAAGUGCACGUAUCUGCUAACAAGACUAUAUUCGGCGAGAAUGGAAGCUCCAUAACGGGGGUUGGGUUUUAUAUUCACAGAGCAAGAAAUGUGAUCGUUCGUAACAUGAAAAUCGCCAAGGUCGCAGCUCAGAACGGCGAUGCUAUCGGCAUCGACGCAUCCUCAAACAUCUGGAUCGACCAUUGCGACUUAUCUGGUGACCUCAACAGCGGUAAAGAUGAUUACGACGGCUUGGUCGACAUUUCACACGGCUCGCAAUGGGUCACGAUUUCGAACACGUACUUCCACGACCAUUGGAAGGCGUCGUUGAUCGGCCACUCGGACAGAAACGCCAAGGAGGAUCAGGGCACCCUGCAUGUUACUUAUGCCGGAAACCAGUUUUAUAGAACAUACAGCCGUGCGCCACUCGUCCGAUUCGGAACCGUGCAUAUCGUCAACAAUUUCUGGGACACUCUCGUCUCCAGUGGCGUCAACUGUCGCAUGGGAGCCCAAGUACUCAUCCAGAGCUCGGCCUUCAAGAACAGCUCCGAGAGGGCGGUCUUCUUUGCGGAUUCCACGGAGCCCGGCUACGCUAUCCUCGACGAUGUUGAUCUCGGGGGAUCCGAGAAUUCGGCUCCGGUAGGAACACUUACGGUUAGCUCGCUACCAUACGCUCCCAUCGAGACGCUUGGCUCUGCUGCGGUUACUGGCAUAAUUCCCAACACGGCCGGUCAAAAAUUGUGA